GAAACACAGAAUUGUACAACCCACCUAGGCAGCCAAUCAAGAGAACCGAACAAAUAGCCAAGUACCCCGCACGCGACCGACGUCUUGACAGCUCACAACAGCACCAAGUCAGUCCUUCACGUCACUACUCUUUCAGCUGCAUUCCUCCGGUUGGCCCAGACCAGAUCGAUCCAUCGUCAGAUAUCCGCACGGUUCGAAAACGCGAAAUGGUUAACGGAAGCGCCGGAGCUGGCGAUCGCGUCGCGGAAGAACCGAAAGGCAGCAAAUUGGUUGUCGGCCUCGACUUCGGAACUACGUAUACAUCGGUUGUGUUUGCGCAUUCCGAAAGCCGACAGGACAUAAAAUUCGUCCAGACAUGGCCGGGCGCCAGCGUCGGCGCGAAUUCGGCGAACCAAGUGCCAACCGAAAUCGAAUACACACCGGAGGGCAUCAGAUGGGGCUAUGAGGUUUCCAGGAGCAGGCCGACGCCAGGAUCAGGCCCGCUGAAAUGGUUCAAGCUUCUGCUGCAGCAGGAGUGCCACGACGGGGGUGCUGGGUCUGGUUCCAAAGCCCGGCGGUCUACCCACCGGGGGAAGCACGAAGGAUCGAGGUGGGAUACCCGCGGUAGCGGAGCGAAAAGAUCGACAACGGUGGAUGAGGCAUUGAAAAGGUUGAGUGUAUCCAGCUCUGCGGAGCCAACUCGGCCACCAUCCCAAAUUGCGACGGCGUCUUGCGCCACUUCAGUCGAUUCUGCACGCGAGAUCCUAAAGGGGCUGGAUAUCAGAAUCGUGACGGUGGAUUUGCAAUCCAAGGUGGAAUGGGUUCUGACAGUGCCCGCAAUAUGGAGCGAUUCCGCGAAGGAUCUGAUGAUCCAAGCUGCAAGGAAGGCGGGGUUUGGCGAACGGGGCAUGGAUUUUGAGCUCAUCAGUGAGCCGGAAUGCGGCGCUACGUACGCGCUAAAUGUUAUCCAAUCGAAUAAUCUCUCGCUUGGGGAUGCCUUUGUCCUAUGUGAUGCUGGAGGGGGGACGGUUAUCACCGGGAAUAACCCCUUACAAGUGGACGAGGUCGUGGCUGGCACAGGUGCCCUUUGCGGAAGCACUUUUCUUGACAAGAACUUUGAAGACUACAUGCGGCGGAUUCUGGGGGAUGAAACCUUCGAUGCUAUGAUGCCGAGGUCAAGAGCGGCGAUGAUGCGAUCUUGGGAGGAAACGGUCAAAUUCAAAUUCGGAAACGAGGCACCGUUCUCAAAUUACGAUAUAAACGUUCCCGGCGUGGCCGAUAACGAAGAACUGAAAAUCGGUGAAGGAUGGCACAAUAUGCAAUAUGAGGACGUUCUGAGUAUCUUUGAUCCCGUGAUAGAUCAAAUUGUCGCGCUCGUGUCUCAGCAAGUCAAGGACGUACGCGCAAAGGAGGAAAGGGUCAAGGGAAUCCUUCUCGUCGGUGGUUUCGGCUCCUCCGGGUACCUCUUGAAACGUCUUGAAGGUCAUACUUACCGCGGCAAGAGGAUCAGUGUGCUCCAACCCGUGAACGCACAAACCGCCAUAGCGCGCGGCGCGCUCCUCCGAGGGUUUGACGGCUCCAUCGUGAUGGCAAGACGUGCCACAAGGCACUACGGAAGCAGCUAUAACAGCCGAAACUGCAGCUUACCAGAAGCACUGGGUCAUAUUUACAGAUGUCCGUAUGAGGACGUCUUGAAGGUUUCUGAUAAGAUGCACUGGUACAUUGUGAAGGGCACGGCAAUCGGCCAAUCCCACCGAACCUUUCGCCGCCACGUCCGUGCCCCACCCGGCGAGGAGCCAGAUUUCAAAUUCGAGUCGCACCUCUACGCGUGCGAUCUCGACGAUGCCCCUGUCUACAAAUGGCAGAAACGGCCAGCCGUCUAUCGCGUGGGUGAAUUGAUCUCGGACCUCGGAUCCGUCCCCCGCCGCAAAUUCGUGAAGAGUAGCUGCACAAAUGGCGAUACGCUCUAUCGUGUGGAGUUCAAACAUCGCAUGACGCUGGUGAACGAGGUCUGGAAGUUCGAGUUGAUAUUUGACGGACAAUGCUAUGGGGCUGUGAAUAUACAGUACACCUAAGCUUGCUGGCAUCUGGCUCUGUCGUACCUUGUAUGUGUCGGUGAAGGGAUCUUUUCGAAUGUCCUCGAGCACCAAGCAGGGCGGCGGGCGAGUGAUCGGUCAUGCGAUCGACUAAGGUGAUCGACUCAAUGGCCGACUCGACGAUAAAUGAUCGACUAGUGAUAUCUCGAGGGGAUAUAUCAUGGCAUGACGUUGGAAUCCAC